AAAAAAAAAAAAAAGAAAAAAAAGACCCGCGACGCUCGUUUUCCCCCUCUCGGUUUUCUGUGUGCUUCCGCCUUCCGCCUAGUGCUUCAGGAGCUGGAGACGGGCGACCGGCGACCCUACGGACGGCAACCUUUCUCCAUUUGACGGACGGGCGGCAGGAUUUGUUGGAACCAUGUUCAUUUCACGGGUACUUGGAAGGGGCUUUGGAAGGAUCCUUUUUGCUGCAGCGAAGCCUGAAGCUUCAGCUGCUCGAGCUGCUUCAUCUAUGGUAGCACACAAUCCACUUGAAGAAUUUUUCGAGGCAGAUAGAAGCAAAGAGGAUGACAAACCUGUUGUUUAUGGUCGAAGUUGGAAAGCUGCUGAAUUGCGUCUUAAAUCAUGGGAUGAUCUUCAAAAACUAUGGUAUGUUCUGAUGAAGGAGAAGAACAUGCUUAUGACUCAGCGUCAAAUGCUCCAUUCCCAAAACCUGCGAUUUCCGAAUCCAGAACGCAUUCCCAAGGUGAGGAAGUCAAUGUGUCGCAUCAAACAUGUACUGACGGAGAGAGCUAUAGCGGAGCCUGAUCCUAGAAGGUCCGCUGAGAUGAAAAGGAUGAUAAAUGCUCUAUGAAUCCUUUCGGGCACCAUUUCACUGCUUGGAUCGUGAUUUGCAUCUGUAUCCUCAUGGAAUUGGAAACAUUAAUGUUAAAUGUUGGCUUUCUCCAAUUCUGUUCGUGGAUAUGGACGUUAGCUUUGUCCUAUUCAUGGAUAUGGACGUUACAAUUUCAGGCACAACACACAGGCGGAAGCAGUGUUGCCUAAAUUUGAUCAUGUCCAAGUACAAUCUAAGGGAAUAACGCGCAACGAGUUUCUGUUUGGAUUCCAAACCAUAAGAUUAAGCUGGUAAAGUUAUAUCCAUUUGAUUGCAGGGCUGAAUCGGAGGGCAACACCAAUGCCCUGAAGGGUGCAGUGUAGCUGGUCAGGCUUUAAGAUCAGGCUGUUAAGCCAGUCGUCUACUUGAUUCUAGUGGUCGUUAGUCUAGAGAAAGGCCAGUUGUCUAUUUGAUUCUUGUAGUCGUUUCUCUACUAAACUGCAAACGGUUGAUGCACAUGUAUCCCAUUUCUCAUUCCUUCC